UAACACAAGUGAAAAAAAAAACCGAGAGAGAGUGAUAUUUAACAAUGAUGAAAGAAUCAUCGACACCGAUUAUAGAUGAAAAAAGUUGGCUACUCGCUGAAUUCAACAAAUUCGAACCUAUACGUCAGCGAAAAAUCGACAAGAUCUACAAAUUCCUUAAAGGCGCUCCGAUUCAGCAGCGAUGGGUAUUCGCUGUGAUGGGAUUCUUCGGAAUCAUGAAUGCCUACACGAUGAGAACAUGCUUGUCUCUUGCCAUAACCGAGAUGGUGAACAAAACGAAAAACGUCCAUGCCGUCAUAAGUGACGACUUCGUCUGCCCGUCGAGCAACGCAACUUCCGUUACCAACAGUCCCAAGGGAACCUAUGAUUGGGAUGAAUCGUUGCAGGGUCUGAUCCUGUCAAGUUUCUACUGGGGCUACGUUUUGACUCACAUACCGGGUGGCGUGAUGUCGGAGAAAUUCGGCGGCAAGUAUUCACUGGGUCUCGGAAUCCUGUCUACGGGAAUCCUGACACUACUGACACCAGUGGCGGUAGAAUCGGGAGGAGCGCCUGCCUUGAUAGUCCUUCGUUUCUUCAUGGGUCUGGGCGAGGGCACGACAUUUCCGGCAGUUAACGCUCUGCUUGCCCAAUGGACGCCACCGUCGGAGCGUUCGAAGAUCGGAGCGAUGGUGUUCGCUGGUGCCCAGAUCGGUACUGUAGUGGCGAACGCUUUGUCCGGUGUCUUGUUGCGAUAUUCGCCGCUGGGGUGGCGCUCGGUCUUCUACGUUUUUGGCUCGCUCGGCGUCGCUUGGUUCGUGGUCUUCGGGGUCGUCUGCUACAGCAACCCGGACGAGCACCCAUUCAUAUCUGACAAGGAGAAGAAGUACCUCCACGAGGCAAUGGCGGCACAUACUCACCGUCGCAUUCCACCGACCCCAUGGCGCCACAUCCUAACUUCCGGGCCGCUCUGGGCUCUGGUGAUAACCCAAAUCGGUCACGACUGGGGCUUCUUCACGAUGGUGACUGACCUCCCAAAGUACAUGAGCAGUGUUCUGAAGUUUUCGAUAGCCUCGAACGGACUCCUAACCGCACUUCCAUACCUCUGCAUGUGGUUCGUCAGCAUCGCUUCGUCCUGGCUUGCCGAUUGGAUGAUAAACUCCGGGCUGACAUCUCGUGGCACAACGAGAAAGCUCUUCACCACUGUCGCCUCGAUCGGACCGGCCAUAUUUUUGGUAGCUGCAUCGUACGCCGGGUGCGACAGCGUCCUCGUCGUCGUUCUCUUCACCGUCGGAAUGGCGCUGAUGGGCACCUUUUACCCGGGUAUGAAGGUCAACGCGCUCGAUCUAAGUCCCAACUACUCGGGCACGCUUAUGGGACUUGUUAACGGAAUUGGCGCCCUCUCGGGUAUCGUCACGCCUUAUCUAGUUGGCGUUUUGACACCUCAUCAAACCGUCAGCGAGUGGAGACUCGUCUUCUGGAUCGUUGCCGCCAUUUUUGUUGUCACCAAUCUUGUCUACGUGUUCUUAGCUAGCGGUGAUGUCCAGUUUUGGAACGACCCGGAAUUCCUGGCGAAGGAACAAGCGGAACGGAACACUGGAACAAGGGAUUCCCCAAAAACUAUCUACACUACCAACUAACAACAAAAAUCUUCGCACUUAAUCGCGAUCAACUCUCUCGCUCUCUCUUUUUACCCAAUUUCAUUAUCUCUCUUUGUUAUAAUCGAAGAUGACGGUGCAUUAGUUUUAAAUAAUACUUUAGUUUAUACCCAUAAACUUCCUUCCAGAUAGCCAAAGACUGAAACGUUUUCAAAAUUAUGUUUCACAUAUUUUGGAUAUAAAGUUGUGGCCAUGAAAUGACAGGGCCAAAGAAAGUCACUUUCGACAUUUUAAGUUUCAUGCUGUCUGAAUUCUCAGUCUUUACAUGACUAUUUUUCGUAAUCUCUAUAAUUCGACUGACAAUUUGUCAUACAUCGCCAUUUAUAUUAUAAUCGAAGAUACCGUACGUGGUGUCAUUUUUCUGAUUUCAAAUUUCACCGCAUCGUUCAACCAAUCUCACAAAGAAAAACUCUAUUUCAUAUUUCCUUUUAAAACUUGUAUAAAAGCUUUAUUAUAUUCAAAAAUAUUCGGCAAUAUUGUAGCAAAAGCGAUCAAUACAAUUGCUUUAUCGUGGAAUGGCGUCUAUCACCGUACAAUACGCAUUCGUUACUACAAUAAUUUUUUUUUUUUUUCUUCUUAAAUUUAGGUCAAUGGUAUAAGUGAGAUAUAUAAGAUUGGAUACAAGUGUACAAGCUACGAAAUAUCGUGCAAGUAAAAACAAGCUCUGUGACACACAUGUACAAAACCAAAAAUGUAGAACAUUAAAAGUGAAAUUCCA